CAUGGGGGGGGGGGGAAGAAGAUGGGGAAGUUCUGGCUCUUUGCUUUUAUCCUUUGGCAGAUAAUUCCAAAGCAAGCAGCCGUCACUUUCGGUGGUGGUGUCGGCAUUAAUAUCGGCAAUGCCGGAGGUUUUUGGAUUGGUGGAGGAAUCAACACCAACACCAACAACAACCCAACUCCAUCAAACCCUUCAGUGUCAAAGCUGUCCACUGCUUACACUGCUCUUCAAGCAUGGAAAUCUGCCAUCACAGAUGACCCGUUGGGGAUUUUGGAGACUUGGGUUGGUCCAGAUGUGUGUUCUUACAAGGGUGUGUUCUGUGCCGGUUCUCAAGGUGCAAUGCCUCCAUUUGUUUCAGCCAUAGACCUCAACCAUGCAAAUCUGCAAGGCACUCUGGUCAAAGAGCUGUCUAUGCUUACGGAUAUUUCGAUCCUCCACCUUAACAGCAACAGGUUCCAUUGCACAAUCCCUGAAACUUUCAAAUAUAUUUCAUCACUUCAAGAGUUGGACCUCAGCAACAAUCAUUUCUCAGGUCCUUUUCCUACUGUCGUUUUGUACCUUCCGAAUCUUGUUUAUUUAGACCUUAGGUUAAACAACUUAUCGGGACUCCUCCCUGAUGAUCUGUUCAACAAAAGACUCGAUGCAAUCUUCCUCAACAACAACCGGUUCGAAGGUGAACUCCCUCAAAAUCUGGGUAAUUCCCCAGCCUCUGUUAUAAACUUGGCCAACAACAAGUUCAGCGGGAACAUCCCUGUGAGUUUUGGGUUAGCCAGUUAUAAAUUGAAGGAGAUUCUGCUGCUUAACAACCAGUUAACAGGCUGCAUUCCAGAAGGUGUUGGGCUGUUCUCGGAGAUGCAAGUUUUCGACGUGAGCCGCAACUCGCUGAUGGGUCGUUUGCCGGACACGGUAUCUUGUUUAAGUGACAUUGAGGUUCUCAAUUUGGCACACAACAAACUAUCAGGCGAACUACCUGAUUUGGCUUGUUCGUUGAGGAGCCUUAUGAAUUUGACCGUUGCAUACAAUUUCUUCUCUGGGUUUAGCCAGGAGUGUCACAAGCUGCUCUUUAGGAACGCCGGGUUCAUUUCUCGCUAAAUUGCAUACCUGGGAGAGACAUGCAGAGACCGCGACCGGAGUGUGCGG